UUUAAAAAAAAAUGAAUUGCCCCUUUCAUGUUCUACAUCAAGUAUCAAUGAUAUGUUUAGCUCCUCAUAAGUGUUAGUAUUAAAGGAAACUUUGCAAGCUAUGUCGCUGUGAACAUUAAGUCAAUAAUAAUUACAUAGUUUCUAUCGAAAAAUUUUAAGAAAUGGUCAAUAUAAAAUUACAAGAAUCUUAAAUAGAUCAAACAUCUGACUUGAAAAAAUAGAGAAUGGCUUUCAAGUUAAUGCUCUCUCAAACCUAAAAUAUGUUUAAAAAAAUUCGGGAAGUUUUUUAGGAAUCAAUAAAGUUAGCUUACGAUAAGAUUGAAAAGAAAAACUAAUCAUACAUAAAUCUUUUGAACUAAAAUACUAAUCUAGCAAAAUCUUCGAAUGCUGAAAUUGAGAAAUUAGUUUCCAUUGUUGUAGAAGGAAAAAUAUUAUUAGAUUGGAAAGAUAAAAAGAUUUCUUAUUAGAAGAUGUUGGAAAAGACGAAAGAUUGGUGGGAAUAAGAAAUUAAGUUAUUGAUUUAAAAAAUAAAUGAAGGAAUCAAAUAGAUUUAUUAAUUAAAUUAGUAAGAAUUCGAAAAUCUUAUAUAGGACUUUAUAAUCUAACGAAGAUGUGAAUAUUAAAUCUAAAAUAUUGCAAACCAAUUAAUUGAGCAAAUAGAAUGAUCACGUUAGUUAUUUUUACCCAGCAUCCUUUUCACUAGAUGGAACUACUUUAGCUUACGGUGGUGAUAAUAAGACUCUCAUUUUAUUGGAUGUUAAGACUAAAUAACAAACCAUAAUUUAAGAAGAGAGUAAUGUCCGCUCAAUAUGCUUCUCACCAAAUGGAACUACAUUAGUAUCUGGUUGUGAUGAUAAAUGUAUCCGUUUUAGGAAUAGGAGUGAAAUUUAAUUUAGAAAACCCUUAUUUUACCUUUGGGGUCAUUAGAGUUCUGUCAUUUCUGUAUGCUUCUCGCCAGAUGGAAAUACUUUGGCAUCUGGUAGUGAGGAUAAGUCUAUUUGUUUAUGGGAUGUUUAGACACAAUAAUAAAAAGCCAAAUUAAAUGGUCAUCAAAAUAGUGUCCGAUCUGUAUGCUUCUCACCUGAUGGAACUAUAUUAGCAUCUUGUAGUGAUGAUAAAUCUAUCCGUUUAUGGAGUAUUACUGGAUAACAAAAAGCCAGGUUGGAAUGUAAUAGUGUAUUAUCAGUAUGCUUCUUAUCGGAUGGAAUUACUUUAGCAACUGGUAAUGAAGAUUGUUCAUAUAGUUUAUGGAAUGUAAAGACUGGAUAAUAAAAAGCAAAAUUGGAUAGUGGAACAAUCUUAUCUAUUUUCUAUAUUUUUUAGUAAAAAAUAAACAAACUCCAAUGAUAAGCAAAAAAUUUUUUAUAUUUAGG